CCGAUUCUCCAUACGAUCUCAAGCUUCAAGCAGCGGCUCACUCGAUCUCGUUCGGUCUGGCCCAUAAAUUCUCUCUUUGACAAAUGCAAUGAAAGACUACGAUAUUCCGAAGGUCGACAGGAACAAUCCUCUGUACUGCCCCUCCGUACCUGCAGUGGUAUUUCUGGAGUCUAUUCGGCGGAAGAUACACGACAAAGGCGGCAUUAGCAGGGAAAGCACUCCAGAAUUUUCUCCAGAUCAUGAAAAUCGUCACUCAUUGUCUUCUUUUACUCGGCUACUCGACAAAUCGGUUACUGACGACGACCUGCUUGAACUUCUGUAUAACCCCGGCCACUCUGAGACUCUUCUGGGCAACGGCGACAACUCUGGCGAUACAAAUUUGAGCAGCGUUCUGCAAGGCGUGACAUCUCGUGGCUUGACUGUUCCUGUCUCUCCCCAAGUUUAUGCAUGCGACUGCCUCAUCAAGGAAGAGGAAAGCUCGAUUUCGUUCAGCGAUCUCCGAGGCCCUGCCAAACGUGAAAUGUCUCUACCAUCAGGCAACGAAGGAUCAUUCGAGAUCAGUGGAAAAGCGGAUCCGAUCGUCUAUUUUGCGCGGAGCAGCUCGCCAUACAACGUACAUAGGCGAUGCUUUCUGGUUGCGCCUGAGCCCGAAAAUGGCUGGAGAGCCAGGGCUCACGAACUACAGGAGAAAUUAUCGAGGCUUGGAGGUGCAGUGUGUCUCGACGGCGCAUUUCAUAGUGUUAACACCGCAUGUAUGCUAGACGAGUUGUACGGUGCCGCCGUUGGGACAGAGACACCUCGCGGGAUGAGGAACUUGAUAUCGCGCUUGGACAAACUACUCCCUGGCGUUCGUCUCACAACCAAGCUCUCUAAGGUGGUGAGCCAUCAAGACAUAAUAGAUAUUCUCUGCUCGAACGGCUUUGUUAAUACCCGUGUCCUUGAUGCCUUCCGUACAUCCGAGGUUGAGUUUCUCGAUUUAACUACCUCUCUGGCAGAGGAAGAUGGGCUGAACAUGGACGCUCGAGAUAUCUUGAAAGUCUUGGCUAAGCCUAAUAGCUUCCUCUUUGUGCAUGAAAUCAACCUUAGUGGAACAACGCUCCGUGACUCGGACAUUGCAUGCUUACACCACCUUCCUCGUUUGGCCCGACUCUGGCUACAAGAUACCGGAGUAACGAAUCAAGCAGUCUUUCUACUACUACCCUUGAAGCGCUGCCUUCAAGAAUUGGACAUUGCAUAUAAUCCGGAUAUCAAUGAUGAUGUCAUUGUCGCCUUCGACAUGCUUUCCAGGCUCUCGUACCUUAAGUUACUGGGCACAAGUAUCACCAUCGCCGGCGUGCGUCGUUUGACCACAUAUCUCAGGCGACGCGGAUAUGCUAUGGCUCUCGAAGUCCCUGCAUCUUGUGAAGACUACCUACGGCAACUUCACCUCAAGUACAUUUCUCAUCCCGGACCACCACUCAUCACGGACCCCAAAGCCGCUCAGAAUUUAACCCCUACUGCGCUCUCUCGUAACCUGGCUGCCCACGCUGCUGUCAACCCGGAUAUACCCACGAAAGGGUCCAAAGCGUUCCUCGCAAACCAAUUAGGGGAACUCCUGGAGAAUCGACGGGCCGACCUGUAUGCACGAGAACUCAUAGGUCUGGACUGAGACCGCUGUGUGGCUUGCAUGGUUGAUUUGGUUCCGGCUAAGCUAUUAUUUCGCUCCCCUAUCGUAUUUGGUCAUGGUACCCUAGUUUGACUGGACCAUACGCUUCCAGUUGCACCCUUCGAUAAUUGUAUCCAAUUAAAAGCGUAGUCCGCAUAACAACUGAGCAGUCGAAACAGAUGUUAUCUGAGAAUAUUAAACGAACGGAAAAGUUAACGAACGUGGAGGGGUCAACGAAUGUGGAAGGUCCUUCAGUCCUUGUGUGACCAACUGGACGUUGUGGAUGGGCGUUGAGCUGAACGUACCUCAGUGGAAGGUAGGUCGGGCACCCCGCACUCUCGUUCUGCCAUCCUGCAAGCGUUCAGUAAUGAUGGGGCUUGCGGCCGGUCUAAACUUGUGCUCCUUCGAAUACCUACAUGAUAGGGCUAUACCUGUGAGUCUACU